CGGGCCAUAACAGAUGUAUAACCUCAUGCAGACUAGAGGAACAUAGAGUCUCACUUAAAUACUACCACAUGAAAGAACAUCAUGUUCACCUUGGCAUAUACAGCUCUACUGGUUUCUGCUUCAUUGCUACUAGUGCAUGGGGGUGUGAUCUCCAAAACGAGGAUUUGCGAGGAUGAUGGUAAAACAUACCAUGACCAGGAGAGAUGGCAGCCAAACCCAUGUACGUCCUGUAUGUGUGAAAAUGGAAACACAAAAUGUACUCUGACCCUAUGUGCCCCCCUGCGAAACUGUCCCUAUCUAGGGGUCGUCCCAAAAGACCAAUGCUGCCCUGUCUGCCCAGAGAUGGAAUUCUAUCCAGAAGUUAUUGUACCACAACCAAGAAAUAUCCAACAAAGUGGUCGAAGGCCAUGGUGGUGACAAAAAGCAGAAAUAAUGAGUUUCUAAAAAACUCAAGACGUCAUGAAGCAUGCUGAAUAAACUAAUCAGACUAGA